AUGAACAAAUUCAAGUUUAGCAACUGGCUGGGUACCAGCCCGUCACCCACCGCCGCAGAGGUUGAGCAUAAGAAGCAGAACCGACGAUCAUUCACCCCAUUCAUCACUCGUUCUGCCGCCAAACCCAGAGACGAUGUCCCCAAUGGAGCGCCGAUUUUAAAGCCCGCGCCUGUCGCCUCCGAGAAGCCUGCCUAUACGCCGUCGAGACUAACUGAGCUUGCGAAGAAGAUUGCGUCCGAGACAGAGAAGUUGGAGAGGUAUAUGCAAGAGAACAACCUGCCAAUGCCCACCUUGGAUCCCAAUGGCCCCGGCGAUUUCCCCAAACUUCCCGACGACAUUCAAAAGAGCCGUAUGGAGAUUAUCUUUGCAACAAGAGAGCUCGAAGCAUUGGCUCACGGCCCAAGAGAGGACGUUCGGUGGAAGACGUGGAGUCUUGUCAACCAUUUUGGCAUCGCCAAGCUUGUACCCAUCGAUGGCACCAUCACACUGGCAGAGCUUCAGACCAAGACGACACUGGAUCCCGUCAACCUUGCCCGUGUACUGCGCCAUGUCAUGACAAAUCGUAUCUUCUGCGAACCAUCCCAUGGAGUGAUCGCGCACACUGCGGCAUCACGCCUCCUGGCCGAAGACCAAGCCCUUCAGGAUUGGGUGGGCUACAACCUCGAGGACAACUUCCCGGCGUCCGCGCACGUUCUGCAGGCUCUCAAGGCGUACCCGGAAGCCACCUCCCUCACACGAACCGGCUUCAACUUUGCAUUCAACACCGUAGACAAGGAACCAAUGUUUGUCACCUUUGGCAAGGACCCUCCUCGCGCCAAGCGAUUUGGCGGUGCCAUGCUCAGCUUGACGGGCGGAGAGGGCUACGAGGUCAGGCAUCUCGUCGACUCGUACGAUUUCGAAGAGAUUGACGCCAGGGGAGGAACCAUGGUCGACAUUGGCGGCAGCCAUGGAUUUGUGUCGAUUGACCUGGCCAAGAAGUGGAAGAAUAUGAAGUUUGUAGUGCAGGACCUUCCCAAGACUGUGGAGUCGGCGCCAAGCCCGUUGUCCGACGACGCUCAGGUUGCAGAGCGCGUUCAGCUCAUGGCGCACGACUUUUUCAAGGAGCAGACCUUUAAGGAUGCCGAUGUCUACUUCUUCCGCUGGAUCAUGCACAACUACUCGACGCCCUACGCCAUUUCCAUCCUCAAGAACCUCGUUCCCGCACUGACACCCGGCGCCAGGGUAGUCAUCAAGGACCACUGCCUCCGCGAGGCCGGACAAGAGACGCCCUGGGACGAGCGUAUCAUCCGCAGCAUGGACAUGGUGAUGUUGGCGGUGCUCAACGCGCAGGAGCGCAACGAGGACGAGUACCGCGAGCUCUUCAGGGCCGCGGACGAGCGGUUCGUGUUCAAGGGCGUGAUGAGGCCUCCAGGCUGCAGGAUGAGCAUCAUUGAAGCGGUGUGGGAUCCUGAGGCGGAGAGCGAGGGCGAGGGCGAAGGUGCAAGGAUUGAAGCGGAUGCCCAGACGGACGCAGGGUCUGCUGAUUCUGCUGUUGUCGUGGAGGUGAAGUGA